AUGACCAGGAGAAGCUGGAAGAAUCCAACUAGAAAGCCACGAAUGGCACGAGGAGAGUUUUCGGAAACAAAACGCUUGCAUGAUCCCACCGAUAAAUCCCGUAAUGGCAACGGCGAUAAGAGCGGGCUUUCUGCCCUUGCGAUCAGCAAUGGGACUGGAGAGAAGGGCACCGGCCACAGCUCCCGCUUGCAUCGUCGUGACAAGGUUGCCUGA